GACCACGUCAGCAGGCCACGUCAGCAGGCCACGUCAGCAGGCCACAUCAGCAGGCCAUGUCAGCAGACCAGUCAGCAGGCCACAUCAACAGCAGGGAGUGCCACGUCAGCAGGCCCCCGGCCUGGUCUAUGCUCACGCGCUCGCAAACAGCCGUCAUGGACCAGAAAUCCGGGGAAACGCACGAGGCCUAUCAGGCCCGAAUGCUGCUUCUGAUUACCGAAGCCAAGCAACGGUCGGAUGCAGUAGCAGCCGCAGCAAAGAAGAAGGCAGAGGAUGCCGAGAAGGCACGUCUGUUCGCAAUCGAACAGCAGCGCCAGCACGACGAGGCAGCAGCAAAGGCUGCCGAUGAAGAACGAACUCAACGACGCGAGAAGAUAUUCAACGGAGAGCGAGCUUUGCUCACAAUGGCAGCGGACUGGCGGGCCGAGGCCGAGAAUGGGAAAAUGGAAGAGAGUGGAAACAAGAUCGCUCUCCUCCUCUCCCAUCUCACGGACCUCCUGGCCACGUGCAUUGCACAGCAGAAGGACAUCAACAACCUCGACGACGCGGCUCAGACACACAAUCAGGUGUUUGACCAAGUCAACAGCCGCCUCCAGCAACUAGAACAAACCGUCGCCGCCCCCGUUGCCAGCUCCUCCAACACCUCCGAUUGCCUCGAGGCAUUGCAGAUGGACGUCACAUCCCUCAAGGACGACGUGCAGUUACAGCAAACCACAACGCAACAAUUGGAGCAGCGGAUUUGUACUGCCGCCACCCACUCGAGCUCGGAACCGCACGAGACGACUCCAAGGUUCGAUGAUCAGGAGAUCUUCUGCGAUUCGACGAAGACGAACCCAAUUCCAUGGUUCCGUAAGUUCGAGUUGAAGUUGCAGCUCCACCACGUCAACGAACACAAGCACCACGCGUACUUAUACUCCCGGUCGGGGGACGCGUGCCAAGCAUGGUUGGACAAUCUCUUGUCCAAGUACGGAGUGGUGGUUGCCGACUUGCACACCAAGAUCAGCUGGGAUGAUCUAAAGGCGGCGUGGCAUAAGCGGUUCCAAGUAGAGCCGCCGGAAUCAAGGUUGAUGGUCUUCGAACAAGGCACGCUGCCGAGUGUUGACUAGAUUGCCGAGUACCAACGCUUGACAUCCGUCCCAGACAUUCAAAUGGGCUUCAAGGUCAUCAAACCCUCCAUCUUGAGGUCGUGUCCGGCAUUGGGCAAUGCCUUGACUC